AUGGAAUUUGUUUGGCAAUCGGGCGAAAGAGCACCGAGGAAGAGAUCAGCAGCAGCUUGUACGACCUGCCGCUCACGCAAGAAGCGGUGCUACCACUCUAGGGAUGGCUGUUCGAAACGUGGGGAAAGUUCCGAGAAAACGCCACCGUUGACCAACACUACUCGCAAAUCAACUCCGAGUCCUGGCCGUGUGAGCGAAUACAAUCCCGGCUCCGUUCUCGCAGCUCUGUCGGAAGAUGCAGAAUCAGGAUCAAGAGCCCAUCUACCAGAAUCCCAUGCAGAAUCUACACAAUCUUCACCACAAGCCUCGGCGUCCAGCCCUUCGGCAGCGUAUGAAGCACAGCGUCGAUUGACAUGGUACAAGCAACACAAGACUCGCGCCACACCCAAGAAGCUUUCCGAAGCCCAUCGGAGAUAUCUUGAAGACGAGGGUGCGUUUGUCACGUUACCGAGAUCUACGACCGACGCACUUUUGCCUCUAUACACAUCUGUAUUAGACGACCUUACCCCAGUCACUGAUGGAGCCAGCGUCUUCCGAGACCAUAGCAAUGGACAGGCUUCUCCGUAUCUGGUAAAGGCAAUGUGCCUUGUUGUCUGCAAGGCCAAACAGGCAGCCCCGUUUCUGCGUUUGACCGAAUCUGGUCCCGUUCUUGAGCCUCUAGAUUUCGCGUCAAAGUUACUAGCGGGUCUAGAUGCGGCUAUAAAAGCAGACCUUGAGCCAGACCGCGUUGUAAAGAUACAAAUCCUCGCCCUGAUGCAUCUGCAUAACGACGGGCUAGCUGGCGACGACCGGGCCUCAGGCUAUCUAUCCCAAGCCAUCUGCGAAGCAUGGUCCAUGUGCAUACAUCUCAAGAUCCCCGGAAACCCUGAGAAGGAUAGGUGUGAGUACCUAUGGUGGUCACUUCGGAAUUUCGACCGCUUGGGCAAACCAGUCCUGGCUGCGGCGCCCUUUUUCAUCGACGAUGCUGACAUUGGCAUUGAGCGCAUAAAGCCCCACCGGGACCGCUAUCGUUCACAGGUCAUGGCGGUGGCGUUGGGUUUGGGCGAUCUUAUGAAAAUGGCGACGAGGGCGUACAAAGCUGGCUCCAAGUGCCGUGUUGAUCAAUGCAGGGAGUUCCCAUCCAUUGCAGAAGUCACCUCUGGAUGUAAUUUUGACCACUUCCAUAUGUCGCAUCGAGCAUACCUGGAGAUAUGGUACCAUGUCGCUGCAAUGCUGUCUUGCCGCUACAGCGGCCCCGGUACAGUGCAAUACAACCGGCGCCUUGUUUCCGCCGACCGCGUGCUCCAAAUAGUGUCUCAAACGGGCCUAGAAUGCCUUCCUCCGCUUCCACUCAUACCGUACGCAAUGUCCAUGGCAACGACAGUCAUCUACCGUGCUUUACAUGACGGCGAAAGAAACAUAGACGCAGCAUCGUCAGAUCUUCGCCAAUGUUGUGACGCGUUGGAUAGCCUCAGCCAGCAAUGGACGAGCGUGAGAGGCGUUACUAGGCUUACGAAACGACUGUGGAGGCUGAUCAGCUCGGGGACGUUGAAAAAUAGAGGCCCUGCUUUUGAGCCAGAGGGUAUCCCCACAGCAAACAGUCUUCCUCUACAGCAAAACCAUGCCCUGAUUUCAAAUGGGCCAAACCAAAGCAUCCCACUUUCUUACCCUACCGAGAUGGUGCCGCAAGAAAUACAACCUCCGUACAGCAACGAAGCAUUCCAGAGGCAGCUCAUCGAGAUCUGGCCUGGUAUCGAUGCACCCUACUCCCAGAUCGACUGGACAUUUUCAGACUACGGAUUCAACCUCGACUUUCCUGCAGCUUUUGACGACCUGCAGUCAUAG